CAGUGAAGACGGCGACACGUUAUGUAGGGCUAGAUGGUUAUCAUUGCUUACCUGGCCUAGUACAUUGUAGUAUCAAGUGGGUUGGGAUCGUGUGUAGCGUGUUGUAAUGACUGUGUAUUUCCUAGUUGGAAUUAAUGGGAUACUGUGAUAGCUUUACUUUGUGCUGUGCUGUUUACUAGUGGAGUACUGCUAUAGUCGUGUACUUUGUGCUGUGCUGUUUACUAGUGGAGUACUGCUUUAGUCGUGUACUUUGUGCUGUUUACUAGUGGAGUACUGCUAUAGUCUAGGACACAGUACGUAGUUCCCUGUGACUGUGAACCAAGCUGGUGAGUGCUGGCCACAAGGAACAUCUGCGUGCCGCCAAGAUGUCUGUGAAUGAUGAUGGUCAGAUGUCUAGCACUGACAGUUUCUGGGAGGUGGGCAAGUACAUGCGGACAGUCAAGCGCUGUGACAACGGCUACCAGCUGUGCAACCACAUGAAGAAGUUGAUAGAGGAGCGCAGUGAGAUAGAGAAGAAAUACUCAGCCAUGCUCUCAGAGUGGGCCAAGAAGUGGAACAAUUUUCUGGACAAAGGUCCAGAGUACGGCACCACGCAGGCGGCGUGGCGGGGUGUCCUGCAGGAGGCUGACCACAACGCCGAGCUGCACACAGAAAUGGCGGAGCAGCUCAUCUUCAAGGUCCACGCCGCCAUCAAGGUCUGGCAGAAAGAGAACUACCACAAAUCUAUGAUGCAUUUUAAAGAGACAAAAGAUUUCGAAGACAACUUCAGAAAGGCCCAGAAACCCUGGGGUAAGAGAUUAGCCAAGGUGAUGGCAGCAAGAAAAGAUUACCACACAGCCUGUAAGACAGAGAAGAGCACCGCAAACCAGGAGAACAAUGCAAGGGGGGACACGACAGUUUCACAAGACCAGCUGAAGAAACUCCAAGACAAACUGAGAAAAUGUCAGCAGGAAGUUGAGAGCACCAGAGAGAAGUACAACGCUGCUGUCAACGACCUCAACGGAUACAACGCCAAGUACAUUGAGGACAUGACAGAAGUAUACAAGAGAUGCCAAGAGUUUGAACAGAAAAGAAUAGACUUUUUCAAGAAAACAUUUUUCCAGAUGCAUUCAUGUUUGGAUUUAAGUGUUGAAUCAAAGUUUAGUCAGAUCUACACCAACCUCCAUUCAACCAUAGGGAACGUUGACCCUAACAAGGACUUGAAGUGGUGGUCAGCCAACCAUGGGGUGGACAUGGCCAUGAACUGGCCAACCUUUGAGGAGUACUCCCCUGAGCUACAGGCCAUCUCUAAGCGUGGCCGCUCUAACCUGGGCUCCACUGAGGGUGGUAUCAUGAUCACCAGCAUCAAACACUCGAGGGAGGACAGCUUUGGCAGCUACACAGAACAGCAGGCACAGCAACAACAGCAGCCCCAGCAGACGUACAAAUCACAGACUUCAAACUCACACGGUGCAGCUUCCAGUGGUAGUAUGGACAGUUCUACAAUUUGUGUGGAUUCAUUAAAUCCCUUCGGAGAGUAUGACUCUGAUGAAGAGGAGGAGAAGGGUACGCUAGAGGAGUCUCAGAUAGAGGAGUCAAGUAGCAAGCACACCGCGGCCCACAACGGCUCCGUGAAAGAGGAGACUACGUCCAACACCAGCUCGCUGAAGCGUGGCUCUGUCGUCAGUUGUGGGACGCCCAGCUACCCAGUCCCAGCGCCACGGAGCAUGCUGGACAAGGCCAGAAACGACUCGCCAGUCAACAACGGAGAAAACCCGUUUGGUGAGGGGGACACGGGGGAGGACGAGGACGAUGAUGAGGGGGAGGAGCCACCAAGCACGGGAUGGAUGGUGCGGGCGUUGUACGACUACGUCAAGGCCGAGGAUGAUGAGCUCGAGUUCAAAGCUGGGGAUGUCUUCACACAGAUCGCCACAGAGGAUGAGAUGGGCUGGUGCCGGGGCAAAAAGGGGGACAAGAUUGGAUUUUAUCCCAAGAAUUAUGUAGAGAGGAUAUGAGGCCACCCUCUUGUGGCCACCCUCCUGUGGCCACCCUCCUGUGGCCAGCACCAAUGUGGCCUGAAUGUUGACAUACAAGCAAGUGAACAGCACUGGAGUAUUUAUUCAUUUAUUGUGCACAAGGAAUCAAGAGAUGGAUGGCAGCGAGAAUGGGAUUGAUGUCAAGAUGUCAUCCAGGAUGUCAUUGAUGUCAAGAUGUCAUCCAGGAUGUCAUUGAUGUCAAGAUGUCAUCCAGGAUGUGAUGUCAAGAUGCCAUCAUGGAUGUGAUGUCAAGAUGUCAUCAUGGAUGUGAUGUCAAGAUGUCACCCAAGUUGUGUGGAUGUUGGGAAAUUGCUUAGAGAAAUCACUUGAUGUUUAGGUUUAGAUAACAUUGUGACCUUUGACCUAGUGCAGUCAUUGUUUCAUUCAAACAUUCCAUCCUUCAUUCACUUGACGCUAGCACAGCUUGAUUUCACUGGUGUGGCCUGGAUGUCUGUAGGGGUUACUGGGGGUCAUGUGGGUUGGUGGGGGUCAUUGGGGUUGAUGGAGGUCAUGUGGGUAGGUGGGGGUCAUUUGGGUUGGACUGGUCUAUACGGGUUGGAGGGGUUGAUAUGGUUGGGUGGGUUGUUUCACUGUAGUUUGUUUUAGCAUGUCAAUUCUCAAUGUUGUAAAUAUUGGUAGUGUAGAUGUUAGGGUGACCACUCAGGACAGUGGUAGGUCAUUCAAAGUCUAGUGGUAAACUGGACAGUGGUUGGUCAUUCAAAGUGUAGUGGUAAACUGGACAGUGGUAGGUCAUUCAAAGUCUAGUGGUAAACUGGACAGUGGUAGGUCAUUCAAAGUCUUGUGGUAAACUGGACAGUGGUAGGUCAUACAACUGGACAAUAAGUGGGUCUAUUGGUAGUGUGGCCACUGAAUGACCACUGGAUAGUGGUGGGACUAUUGGAUAGACUGGCCACUAAAUGACCACUGACUGAAUGACCACUGGACAGUGGUGGGUCUAUUGGUAGACUGACCACUGAAUGACCACUGGACACAAGUAUUUAUUGGUAGACUGACCACUGAAUGACCACUGGACACAAGUAUUUAUUUAACCAGGUUUUAUUGUCUGUACACAUGUGUAGCCUGUCUGUUGUCAUGGCAACGGAUGGGUCCUAUUUAUAACUUUGUACUCAAAUACUUAAAAAAUGUGUAUCACAACAAAGAAGUUUUUAAUCAACAAAACAAAUACGUUAAUCAAAUGAAGAUUUUAUAUUGAGACCAUGUAACUACUUUAUACCCUGAAUUUAGGGACAUGAAUUCAAAUGAUAAUUUUUUUUUAUACUAGCUCAAAAUGGUGGCCUUUGUUGUGACAACAAGAAUAAAUUAUGUUAAACAGGCGCUGACUAUUUGGGGGAGAGUAACACACAUUUUACAUGUACAUAUAUAGCAAUAUUUUAAGGGACAUGUGUUGUGUGUGUCGUCUGUGUGGGUCAUCAUGCGGGUCAUCCAUCUUUUGAUGGACCGGUCCAGAUACUCAGCAUGCUGUCUGUGCCAGUGUGUCAGCUACAACAGCAGUAGACCCAUACAUUAUGUGUGUCAGCUACAACGCCCAUACAUUAUGUGUGUCAGCUACAACACCCAUACAUCACAUGUUCCUAUGUGUCUAGCAUUGAUUGUGUAUACAUUACCUGUUUGAUGAAUCAUAAAUAAUAUCUCUAUCUCACC